AUGAAGAUAAAGAGAAGUUAGUGCAGAUGCUGAUCCGUGAUAGUUUUGAUGAGAAAGUGGGUGUGGUUUCCAUAGUCGACAUGGGUGGUCUGGGUAAGACAACCCUUGCUCAGUUGGUCUGCAGAGAUGAAGAAGUCCAGAAGCAUUUCCAACUGCAUAUAUGGGUAUGCGUUUCUGAUGAUUUUGAUGUGCCGAAGCUUGCUGGAAAGAUCAUACGUACAGCUUCUGGGAAAAAGUGUGAUGAUACAGACAUGGAAGUGCUUCAACAGAGGCUGAGAAAAGAAUUGGGGCAGAAGAGAUAUUUGCUGGUAUUAGAUGAUGUACGGAAUGAAGAUUUCCGAAAGUGGGAUGCUCUUAGAAACAUGUUGCUCGAUGGAGGAGAAGGAAGCAUAAUCCUUGUGACCACACGCAAUGAAAAAUGCUCUCGAGUGAUGGGCGCACAGAAACCUUAUAUUCUCAGACGUUUAUCAGAAGAAAGCUCUUGGGAUUUAUUUGAACAAAAAGCAUUUGCUAUAGGUGCACCGAAGCCACCAAAGCUAGUGGAGAUUGGUGAGAAGAUUGUUGAGAAUUGUCAAGGAUUACCACUUGCUAUAGAAGUAAUGGGGAGUAUCAUGCAUGACAAGAGCGAAGAAGGUAAAUGGCAGUCCGUGUUGGAAAACAAAAUAUGGAAUUUACAAGAUGCAGAAGUAUACAUCAAGCCAGAGCUGUGGCUAAGCUAUGUUGAUUUGCCUACUCAUUUAAAGAAAUGUUUUGCCUUUUGUGCCAUAUACCCAAAGGAUCAUGAUAUUAAGGAAGUGGAGCUGAUUUAGUUAUGGAUGGCUCAUGGGUUUAUUGCAUCUCAAAAAGGAAUCGAUAUGGAAGUUGAAGGGCGAGAGAUUUUCAGGGAGUUAAUAAGGCGAUCUCUUUUACAAAGAAAGAUUGUCACGGAGUCGAGAAGCCGACCUCUUUUACCAAUAAGUUCUUAUACUUAUUCAAGUGAAAAGGGAAGAGUGUGUACGAUGCAUGAUCUCAUCCAUGAUCUGGCACACUUUGUUAUGGAGAAUGAAUGCUUCAUGUCGUUGUACAGCAGUGCAGCCCCCGAAAUCUCAACAAGGCCAUGUCAUUUGAAUUUAUUGAUUGAUAAAAAUUAUAAUCAGGUUGAUUGCUCCACCAUCCAUACCGGGCUACAUUGUCGUCGUGACUCAAGUGUGUUGUCAAGGCUGAAGUUUGUCAGAGUGCUCGACUUGAGUAGUACACGCAUUAAAGAGUUGCCUGCAUCAAUAGAGCAUUUGCACCAUCUAAGAUACCUAGAUAUUUCUGAUAAUCCUAUUAGGAAACUACCGGAAUCCAUUUGUAUGUUGGUUAAUCUACAGACAUUGAAACUCUAUAGUUGUCGUAAACUUUCCGAGCUUCCCAAGAGCAUAACAUACAUGAACAGUCUUAGACACUUUCUUUUUGACCGUCUAAAUUUGAAGGCAUUACCUACUGGUUUGAGUCAAUUACAAAACUUGAAAACACUAACAGGAUAUACUGUGGGAGAUGAUGCAGAGAACAGCAUAGGACAAUUAAAGUCCUUGAAUCCCUUUGGUGAAUUUGCUUUGUAUAACAUCCAGAAGAUGAAGAAUGCUGAUGAUGCUAGAAAAGCUGAUAUGGGUAACAAAAAACUUAUUCAGACAUUAAAAUUAAAUUGGAUAGCAUCUAGUCCGGGAAAUGAUUAUGAAUAUUGUUUGAUGGAAAAUGCGGAGGAGGUGUUGGAAGCCUUGAAACCUCCCAGUGGAGUAAAAGAACUUACAGUUAGUUAUUAUCCAGGCAAACAAUUGCCAAUGUGGAUGGGAGAAAUGCAACAAUUUCAAUAUCUAUAUUGCAUCGAACUAUCUGAAUGCAGAGAAUGUGAGCAACUCCCUCCACUUGAGACAUUACCCAAUCUUGCGGAUCUGAGGAUCAGUGGCAUGGAUGGCAUCAAACACAUUCUUAACAACAGCAGAGGCAAUGCGCUACAAUCAUUCCCUGCAUUGAGGGGGUUGAAUUUAUAUAGCAUGAUGAACCUAGAGGGGUGGUGUGUCGAGGAGGGUAGAGAAGCAAAUCUGUCCUUGUUUCCAUGCCUCAUUCAGAUGAAUAUUAGAAGAUGUCCCAAGUUGACAACCAUGCCACCCAUUCCAACUCUCCAGGAGUUAUCUAUGGAGCAAUCAUUCUGUAAGACACAAAUCUCUCUCGUGUCCAAGGAAAGAAGGUUCUUCAAGCAUUUGAAAUCUCUUCGGAGAUUAAAGAUAAAUCCUUGUACUGAGGAGUUGGUUUUGUUAUUAGCAGAUGAAAAGAAUUUUCAAGUGUCGAGGCAUGGAGUCUUUGGGGCCAGAAAUGCGACACCUUACUUCACUAUCCAGAUUAGAAUUGUUUCAUUGUCCUAAGCUGGUGUCUCUUUCUGAUGGGAUGCAAGCCUUCACUUCCUUUAAGUCUCUACGUAUUAUAAAUUGUCCGGCACUGAAGUCAUUCCCAGAAGGCCUGCAACAACUUCUUCCUGCUCUAAAUUCACUAGAAAUAGAAGGAUGCCCAGAGCUAGAGAGGUUAUGCAAGCCUGGAGGAGACUAUUACAACGUUCUCUCUACCAUCUCAAAUAUAGAAAUAGGAGAAGAAUCAGAGCCAAAAGAGACAAUUCAAGUUCCUCAUGAGAUUAGUACCGGUGCCAAACAAGCUUUGAAGUGCAUCACCACAAAUCCGUUCCUUCUAUCAGCGAUUUUGAUUUGUGCAAUUGUCUGUUUCAUAAUUUUCCUUUUCAACCAACUUGAUAGCCAGAAUGAGGAAGAGUUUUGGUAUAUCCCACCAACAUGAAGACAAAAAGCACAGGGAGUCUAAAAUCAGAAUGAAAAGGAAGCAUAUCAUUUCCAAAUACCAGUUCAAUUAGCAAUUUUAAUUCUUGGUGCCCGAUUUGUGAAUAUUUAUGUUCUUUAUAUUAUUUCUUGGAGAUGAAUCAAUAGUCCAA